UGAUGGGAACCAAUCAUUCCAGGAUCAAAAACAUGCAUCAAGAGCAGCAUUGAAGUCUCGUAAUUUCAAAGCUUGGUGCUGUGCUUUGGCUGUGUUACUCUCAAGUUCGUCGGGUGGAACUUGUAUAAGUAGCAAGUACUACACAGGCUGCCUCAGGCUAAAUACCUCGCCCGGCGCGGCGGCCUUCCUUGGAGCACUCUCACAUGGUUUCUAUCAACGAUCCUGGUGAACAUUUGGGAAAGGUAUUCGCAAUUCGUCGGAGGCGUCCCACAGAGUUCAGAUGCAUACAACGCAAUUUGUCAGUCACUGACUGGCAUGAGCGCGAUGGCUCCAUCCCCGCAGACGUCCAUUGUCUCAUCUCUUCAAAUUCUCCAGCACACUCUGUUUCUGUGUCCAGUGAACUAGGUCUCGAUGUCUCCACCAAUGUUUCUUCCGCCAGAUACUCCUGGAGUGUAUCAUCUGCUCGCGAAGCUUCUGACCCAGGUACAAUGUCAUUUGCUUGCCCUCUAAUGGAAGUUGCUAUUGCUAGAUUAUCGGCCAUCCUACAAGUUAUAUAUAGUUGUGGUCAGCACAAGGUGGAUCUAGAUCGUCUGACAUUACGACUUCAUCGUCUAGUAAACUGGUAUUUGUGGAACGCCACAAUUGCCCGGGAUCCAUUUGAACGAUCUCGGAGAUAUUCCUUAGUUAGGUAUGCGUUUUGUCGAUGUGUGCUUGAAUUUACUUGGGAUCGAGCCGCACUCAGGAUUCUGCAAGAAGCCUCCGCACAGCUGAAAAUUUUGCAUAUACGUCGUCUUUCGUAUACAUCUGUCGCACAAGCUAUCGCUAAAUGUUCCAUUGAAAUUGACCGUUAUCUACUGGGCUGUCUAUGGUUUCAGCUGCAACAAAGUCAAAACAAAAUUCGCAAUGUGCCGGAGGGUCGUCAGAACCACGAACAUCCAACACCAGUGAACUUCUACACCUCGUUCCAGCAACUCAAUAAGAUGCUUCAAGUUCUGUUUGAACGUGACUCGAUUGCAGCCCGAAAUAAUGUCACAGAGGAAGAACAGUACGAGUCGUCAAUUGACAGGGGCACAGGAUUAGCCCAACCUACAAGUCACGAAUGGCAAAGCAUCGAAGCAGGCACGAAGACUGUGAUGAGGGUUAUAAUUGACCAACAGGGGACCUCUGAAAUCGACUACCAAUGUCACUUUUGUGGCGCUGUGAAUCGCCUUGGCGUCGAGAUUAUUAUGCAUUUGCUGGAACUAUUUCAACGUCAGGCUGGUUGCUCUAUUGAUUGGUGAGUAUGUUUGUCUACUAUGUACUAAUAGCGCCUCAUACCAGGAAGCCAACUAUGCAAACUACGAUUUCAGAUCUCCUGUGUACCUGCCAGUGCGGAGCUAAGCCCUCGGCGUGCACCGCGCAGCUCGUUGCACGACCACCUCAAACGAAAUCGCUUCAAUUUGUCUGAACGUCAAAAGUC